UAAAAUAAAAACGUCAGGUGGGUGAUUGAGUGAGUGUGUUAGCGAAGGAAGAGACGAUGAGGACGUUGGCGAGACCAUGGACGACCUUUUCCCCAUUUCCACGCGUCUCCAUUCCCAUUCACUCUCUCUCUCCUCUUUCUCUCUCUUUAAACUCUUCAUCUCUCUUCUCUCCCACCACGCCUCGCCGUCUUUCCAUGGCUUCUUCCCCUCGCUUCACCGCUCAGGCUGUUUCAACUGGAGAAGUUCGGGGUGAUGAUACAAAUGUCUUUCAGAUUAUUCAAUCUCAUCAGGGAAGGGCAGCUCGGCUUCCUCCAGUUGAGGAGAUUCGUACGGUUCUUGACCGUAGUGUGCGUGGAGUGCUCUCUACGCUUUCGCAGAAGCAUGAUGGUUAUCCGUCAGGGUCAAUGGUUGAUUUCGCAUGUGAUGCAGAUGGAUCUCCAAUAUUAGCAGUUAGCAGCUUGGCAGUUCAUUCAAAGGACCUAAGUGCUAAUGCUAAGUGCUCACUACUUGUGGCUAGAGAUCCUGAAGAUAGGACUGAUUUAGUAAUCACUCUGCAUGGCAAUGCUGUUCCUGUCUCUGAAAAUGAUAGAGCAGCAGUUCGCAGUACAUAUUUGGCUACGCUUCCAAAUGCAUUUUGGGUUGACUUUGGUGACUUUCAAUUCAUGCGCAUUGAACCAAAAGUUGUACGAUAUGUGUCGGGGGUUGCAACAGCUUUGUUAGGAUCAGGAGAGUUCAGCAAUGAGGAGUAUAAAGUUGCAAAAGUUGAUCCAAUAGCUCAGUUUUCUAAGCCUGUCACGUCUCACAUGAACAAGGAUCAUGCUGAUGAUACAAAAGCCAUCGUGCAACAUUCAACAUCAAUUCCGGUCGACUUUGCUCACAUGCUGGACUUGGAUAGCCUUGGUUUCAAUGUCAAGGCGGGUUAUCAAGGGAGUACUUUUAAGCUCCGAAUACCUUUCCCUAGACGCGCAGAAGAUCGAAAGGAUGUGAAGACCCUCAUAGUGGAAAUGCUUUGUGCCGCUAGACCACAAGAUAAUUGAUCUUGCAGCGCAGUAGUGGAGCAAAGAGGUUCUUGCAAUGUGCAUCAUAUGUGUUGGCUGAGACGAGAAAUUAGACUAGAAGCUGGUGAAUAGAUAAAAAAUCUGGAGGGAAAGGAGAAAACGAGAAAAAUCUGCUCAGAUGCUCCUCUUUUCUUUUCUUUUUUUUUUUUUUGUUUCUUUCUCGUAUAUUCUGGUGGACUAGCUAUAUUGGCAUUCACGGUGUAGUCACUCAGAUGACUAUUUCAUGUCCAAAUUGUCUCAUGUAAGUAACAUUUCAUAUUCCGCACACAAACUAAUGUACAUAUAGUGUCACACUACAGAAAAGAAAGAUUAUAUAAAUGAUUCUUGCGUGUUUCAUACUUUGAGAGAUUGAACAGGGAUGAGUUGCUACACCAAAGAAUAUUUAUGUGAAAAU